AUGGCGAAGGUCCAUGCACCGGGUAAAGAAUGCAUAAGGUGUCCAUGUAGGAGAUGCCGAAAUCGAACUUUCCAUCCUAUUCCUAUGGUUGAGGAUCACUUGUUCAUCAUAGGUAUUGAUCCAUCUUAUACGGAAUGGAUAUUCCAUGGCGAGGAGGAAAGUUUGGCCGAGGCAGAAUUUUCGGAUGAAGAAGGUGAUGAUGCCUAUAGCUAUAAUGACUACAUUGAUGAUGUAGACGAGAUGCUAGAUGACAUCCACACAGGGCCUUCACGACACACCUCUGAUACUCCAAUACACCCGAACUUCGACGAGUUGUUUGAUGAUGCAAGAAAGCCACUUUAUCCAAACUGCACAGAGUUCUCAAAGCUAUCAUUCAUAGUCAAGUUGCUUCACAUAAAGACAGUUGGUGGUUGGACUGUGAAGUCGUUUGACAUGGUUAUAAAGCUUUUGCAAGCAGCGUUUCCUCAUGCUCUUUUCCCUAGCUCAUAUAACGAGGCUCGCCGCUUACAACGUGGUUUGGGCUUCAGUUAUACAAAGAUACAUGUAUGUCCAAAUGAUUGUGUCUUGUUUUGGAAGGAUCAUGCUAAUAAAGAUGAGUGCCCCAAAUGUAAUGCAUCUAGGUGGGCCUCAAGCACAACUAACCAACAGAGGAUACCUCAAAAAGUCCUCCGAUAUUUUCCAUUGAAGCCACGGUUGCAAAGGCUGUUUAUGUCAAAGAAGACCGCCCAAGCCAUGAGAUGGCAUGUAGAAGAGCGUGUUGACGAUCCCAACUUCAUGAGACAUCCGGCUGAUUCUAGGGUUUGGAAGGACUUCGAUAACAAACAUCCGAGGUUUGCCCAAGAUCCUCGUAAUGUCAGACUUGGACUAGCGAGUGAUGGGUUCAACCCAUUCAAUAACAUGAGCAAACCGUACAGCAUUUGGCCAGUGCUACUUGUGCCUUACAACUUGCCCCCUUGGUCAUGCAUGAAAGAUCCAUACUUGAUGUUGUCAUUGUUAAUCCCUGGACCAAAGGCACCGGGAAAUGAUAUUGACGUGUUCCUGCGUCCCCUAUUAGAUGACUUGAGAGAAUUAUGGGAAGAGGGAAUUCGUACAUAUGAUGCAUACAAACGAGAAUCGUUUCAGCUGAGGGCAGCGUUGCUCUGGACCAUCCAUGAUUUUCCUGCAUAUGCAAAUCUUUCAGGCUAG